AAAAACCUUCCCAGGUAAUUGUGGCAGGGCUGGGUGUGACCCUAAAGAAUGUCAAACAAAGAGAGAGUGGCUAGGUGGUAGUCGUUACGGGGCAAUAGAGGACUUUACCAUCCGUGAUCGUUCUCCACAGCAAACACAGCCGUCAGUCAGCUGGUGUGGAAACAACAGCCCUUACCUACUCUUUCUGGUAGCACUGACACUGGAAAGGUUGAAGGGAUGUUUGACACACUGUAUGAUUGGUUCUGGUGGGACAGAAUCUGGCUGCCUGUGAACCUGACAUGGGCUGACCUGGAGGACAGGGAGGGCCGGGUCUAUGCCAAAGCCUCACAUCUCUACGUCACUGUCCCCUACACCUUUGCCUUCUUACUAAUCAGAUACCUGUUUGAAAGGUGGAUAGCAACACCACUCGCAGUCUCCGCUGGGAUCAAGAAGAGAGUCCAUCUGAAAGCGCAGGACAACCCUGUCCUGGAACGUUACUACAUUACUCAGAGUAGAAAUCCUGCUCAGGCAGGCAUUGAUGGGCUGUCUAAGAAAAGCAGUUUGUCAGUGAGGCAAGUUUUACGCUGGUUCAGAAGAAGACGCAGUCAGGACCUUCCCGGAACACUGAAGAAAUUCAGAGAAGCUAGUUGGAGGUUUGUCUUCUACCUGUCAGCGUUCUUCGGAGGAAUAGUAGCACUGUACGAUAAAGACUGGUUUUAUGACACUUGGGAAGUAUGGACGGGUUUUCCAAAGCAGUCCAUGCUGGAGUCUCAGUACUGGUAUUAUAUCUUGGAGAUGAGCUUCUAUGGUUCUCUUCUCUUAAGCGUUGCCUUUGAUGUCAAGAGAAAGGACUUUAAGGAGCAAAUCAUCCACCACUUGGCCACACUGGUCCUCUUAUCAUUUUCCUGGUGUGUCAACUACAUUCGAAUAGGAACGCUGGUUAUUAUUGUCCAUGAUGCCUCUGACGUUUUACUGGAGUCUGCAAAAUUAUUCAACUACGCCAAAUGGGAGAAAACCUGCAAAAGUCUUUUUGUUCUGUUUGCCUUCGUGUUUAUGAUAACACGACUGAUCAUCUUCCCACUCUGGCUGAUCCACUGUACCUGGGUCUACCCCGUUCACCACUACCCUGCCUUCUUUGGCUACUACUUCUUCAAUGUGAUGCUGGUGGUUCUUCUCUGUCUGCACAUAUUCUGGGCCUACCUCAUUGUCUGCAUGAUCAGAAAAUUCAUGUUUGGCACUCUGACCAGAGAUGAAAGAAGUGACAAUGAAGAAGAAGAAGGAGAGAGCAGCCUUACAGAGGAGGAAAGUGAGGACCAGCAUAAGCGUGGCAAUGGAUUGGCAGUUGAUGAGAAGGAGAACAAGAAGAACAUGAAUGGCGACUUUGGAUGCUUAUCUCCACCGGAGAACAUCAGCCGGUCAAAGACUGUAUACUGACUUAUGAUCAGUCUGAUCAGUAGAGCCAAAGAUGUAAGAAAUACACCCGGUCUCGCUCUCGAAGCGCCAAAUACCACAGCUUGGUCAUUGCAUUCAACUGACUGCAAUGUAAACCCAACCAUAUCAUUAUCAGUCUAUCAGAGCAACUGAUGUAGUUUAAAUAGUGAGAGAACCAUGUAGGUUGUAUGGGUCCAACAAACACAUGACUUUUACCCAGGAGACCACUGUUCAUGUCCAUUGACUUAUUUUACUGUAGUUUAGUUACUUAACUUCCAACUUUUACUAACAGUAGUUGCAUAUCAAGAGUAGUUAUUUUUCAAAACUAAUAUACUUAUUUUAACCCACAACAUGAUCUUUUCCUAAACAUAACUAAGUAAUUUUGUUGUGUAAGUAAACCUAUGCAAAAUGUUUAUAUUGGAAAGAGAUCUUAUGCAUGUACGGAGCAGAAACUGAAAAGUCGUCUCUAACACGUCCAAAACUGAUGCUAGAGGUGAACCUAGAGCGUCAUGGUUUGAAUCUACGGACCACUGACCAAGCAGUGGUAUUUCAUCAGUUGGGAGUAAGAAUGUGUUGGAGAAAUAGAACUGAAAAAUAGGACAUCCUGUGAUUUCUUCAGAUACUGGCGCACAACCUAGCCCAAAUAAGCCUUGCUGUUCUCACAGUGCUUUAAACUGCUCACACGUACAGCGAGAGAAACUUUGAGAUGUUUUUGGCUCUUUUUAUUUCCCUUCCCACAAUGUUAUCCGUGGCAGCGCUUCACUGCCCUGCAAAUCAAGAGACAAGCAGACCAAACAAGCAAACAAAACACAAACAAAACACACUUAUCACCACAUCUAACUUGUUUCAUAUUGUUUGAUAAGUGCAAGAGCUGGUGCAUUGCUUUACCUCCCUGUUUCAUCAAUCAAGGCCUGUUGGCUUUUAUAUCAACCCUCCGUUAGCUUGCACAGCUUAUUUAUCGUAACAUGAAUGGGAUCCUGUAACACAAUAGACUUCUCCAGAAGAUUACCAUCAUACCUUCAUGCAUUACUUUAAAAGUCUAUAUUUAAUACUACACUGUCAAACAGUGGCCUUCCAUGAAAAAUCACAUCUUGCUAUUUAGAGAGGGAAACAUUGAAACAAGAUUUAAGAUUUAAGAUCAACACCUAUCAACUUAUAUUGUACAUGCACACAUUUGUAUGAUGUAUUGGAAUUAUUCCCAUAGAUAACUUGACAAACAUAAACAAAAUGUGAUGUUUAGAUUUAUUAAAGCAAAUAUGACUAUGAUAGAACAUUUCCAUUUAUCAAAAGCAUACAUUUGGGGUCAUUUCAUUGGAGUCAUAUGAGAAAAAGGAUAUCAUUUUCAUGUCUUUGUAUCUAUUACAGUGAGAAACUCAAAUUAUACUUUCUGCAUCCAUGCAGCUUGUAGGGUAAGUGUAACAUAGAUCUCUUCAUGUCUGCAAGGGCCGCGCAGACAUCUAUACACUGACAAAAAUGUAUUAUCACUACGACUGGUGUCAUCAACUUUUCAUGGGUGGAACAUGUCAGCGUACGCAGACACCCAAAAGACACCAACAGAACUUCAUUCUCUGUCUGUUUUGCUGCCUUCAUGGUCAUCUGUUAUUAAAGUAUAUCAGGGCCCACUACUUGGCUGCAUUCACUUGUUAGGGAAGUCCUUUCUCCUAACAUAUCUGUAGGGAGGAGGUUGGGGUUGAUGGGAUUAUCUACAAAACUGUACUCAGUAAAGUAGUCAUUUUAACCCAAACCACAAUAUUUCCUUAAAGGUUUUUGAAGGUACAGACGAAGGAUGUUGCCCUGCUCAUUGGGGCGCCAGAUCAGAAAGUACUACUUUGGGAUUUUCUUGAGAACAUUGACAAACUACAUAUUUUAUUGUUUUGGAGGACUUGUUGAAUGACUCACACAGACAUCACAGAUCUUUAAUAAUAUGGUUUUAUAGCACAAACUGCAUGUCGGUGUACUGUACAGUCAUUACAGGAUAUACAGUACCUUUUCCAAAUAUACAAAAGACAAAAAUAUUUGAGGAAGUUUACUAUUGCCACAUGAAGUACUGUGUUUGAUACUUCUCGCCACUUAACUGGAGAAAACAAGCACAGAAAACUGGUUGGAGGCUUUUAUGUAUUAUGGAAAUACUGGGUGGGAUUAUGAAUGAUUUAUAGUCAGGUUGUAGGAUAGAACGUUCGAGCCUUGGGCCAGCAUUUCAUCAAUAUUUUUUAAAAAAUGAGCAAAAUAGUAAUAAACCCAAAGAAGG